AUGUCAAUUUCUCCGAAAACCAAUUCAAUGGAGUGUGUAGUUCAAGGAAUCAUCGAGACACAGCAUGUUGAAGCUCUUGAGAUCCUUCUUCAAGGUCUUUGUGGUGUACCUCGCGAACGUUUGAGAGUUCAUGAGCUAUGCUUAAAAAGCGCCCCAAAUCUUGGAGUUGUAUCCUCAGAAGUUAGGCUUUUAUGUGAUAUUGAUCAACCAGAUCCCACAUGGACUGUUAAACAUGUUGGAGGUGCAAUGAGAGGUGCAGGAGCUGAUCAAAUCACUGUCAUGGUGAGGACUAUGAUUGAAAGCAAAGUGAGCAAGAACGCUUUGCGUCUGUUCUACUCUCUCGGUUACAAACUAGACCACGAGCUUCUCAAAGUCGGAUUCGCCUUUCAUUUCCAACGCACCGCGCACAUAAGCGUCUCUGUGUCUUCAGUCAACAAGAUGCCUAAAAUCCAUGCCAUAGAUGAGGCAGUUCCUGUGUUACCUGGAAUGCAGAUUGUUGAUGUAACAGCUGCAGCGACACCUGAGAAUUACAACGAAGUUGCGGCCGCUGUUUCGUCCUUCUGUGAAUUCCUCGCUCCGCUUGUUAACUUGACGAAACCGUUUGAACACGUCGGAGUUGUGCCAACCGCUGCUGCGGCCGCUGCGUCUCUAAUGUCAGAUGGAGGAGGUACUACAUUGUAG